GGAAGAGAAAGUCACAGGUGAUCAGUCUGCAGCUCUACACUGCGCUCCGGUGAGCGGAUUAUCACCUCCACCUCGUCUACAGCGCACCACGACGGACAUGUAUCAAGGUCUAAGCAUGGCUACGAACCCGGGUUCCUACGAGCCGACUUUUGUGCACAACGCUGCGUCGCCAGUGUACGUGCCGAGCGCGCGCGUCGCCCCGGUGAUACCCGCGCUGCCGUACCUGCAGCCGCACAGCGCCACGUCCCAACAGAGCAACCCGGCCUCGAGUCACUCAGCCUGGGCUCAACCGGGCUCAGACCCCGUAGCGUCGUACAACACGACCGGGGCUCACCAUUCUCCGGUGUCUCCGCGCUUCACGUUCUCCGCCAGCCCGCCCAUGAGCUCGGGCUCCAGGGAAAGCGCCACUUACACGAGUCCGUUGAACGUCACAGCGAACGGACGGGACCAUUAUCACAGCGCGCGCAGCCUGGGCUCGUCCUAUCCCGCUCCCUAUCCCGCCUACGUGAGUCCGAGCGUCGGGGGAACGUGGGCCGCGUCCCAUUUCGAAGGCUCGGUGCUUCAUAGUCUGCAGUCUACAGGACCGACCGGCGCCGCGAGACACUCAAAUCUGGAUCUGUUCGAAGAUUUCGCCGAAGGCCGAGAGUGUGUGAACUGUGGGGCCAUGUCCACUCCUUUGUGGCGGCGAGAUGGGACUGGUCAUUACCUGUGUAAUGCAUGUGGACUCUACCACAAGAUGAAUGGCAUCAACAGGCCACUGAUCAAACCCCAGAGACGACUUUCUGCUUCCAGGAGAGUGGGCCUAUCCUGUACGAACUGUCACACCACAACCACCACUCUGUGGAGACGAAAUGCAGAAGGAGAGCCCGUGUGCAAUGCCUGUGGCCUCUACAUGAAACUACAUGGGGUUCCUCGUCCUCUUGCCAUGAAAAAGGAAGGUAUUCAAACACGCAAGCGCAAACCCAAAAACCUCAACAAGUCCAAGCCAGGAAACCCUGGGAAUGAUGGUCACGCCCCUUCUAAUGCAACCAGCACUGGUGGCAAUACAAUAGAACCCCGCCCAAUCAAGAAUGAGCCAGACACGCCCACUCUCUAUUCCCAUCAUAACAUACAUACACAAAUCUCAUACAUGGGAGGCCAAAGUGUGGCUUCAUCGCUGAAACUUUCUCCAGGAGCCCAUAGUGGAGCACCCAGCUCCAAAAAUGAGCCUUGGAACAACUUGAUUCUCACAUGAACCUGCUGUCUUUCAGUCAAAUGUUACAGUUUCCAUCAGCGUACCAAACCAGUGAUGGUGAAAGGGAAUGAAUGGGCAACCCAAAUAUGAAACCAUACAUGUCAAACACAACCAUGACACAGCAGAGGAUACUGCAAGAACAGUGGAAAUCAGAAUUGACAGAAAGCAAAAGAAACCGAAACUGUCAAGAAACAAGAAAUCAUUCAGGCAAAAUAAAGGUCACUGAAGCAAUCUGCAUGAUACCUGAGACCAACGUACAGGAAAGUAAGCUGGUCAAAUACUCACAGACUGCUGGAAUUACUCCACCGAUAAAGUGUCUUCAGUAUUUAUAAAGUGACAAUUAAACAACCUAAUGUGCCUUUAUUUCUUUAAUUCAUUGAUCUCAGUGUUUUAUUACUGAAAACCUGUAUGUGUUUACUACUA